AUGGCGGUUCCUCUCGGCUCGUCCUCAGGCCUGGAGGCCAGGCGGGCUGUCUCCUGGCGCCAGGCCGACCACCUGGUCACCGAAUCUUCUCAUCGGGCCGAUGCGAGCCGAGCUGGAGCUAAACGGCUCGUGGCUUCCGGGCACCUUCGGCCAUUCGUGGCAGUCUUCGCCUCCAGCACGGCCGCUGCGGUCAGCAUGCGGUCUGCACGGAGGCCGCUGCUGCGGUCGCUGCGCACUGGCAAGGCGACACCGACACCCCAAGAAGGCAGUGAAAAAGCUGCCUUUUGGUCCAUCUGCCUCGUGGCAGUGUACAUCAGUUGCGACGUGGGUGUGAACCUCUGCAGCGAGGCUGCUUCCCAAGGCUAUCAGAAGGCCAGUGCCGUGCUGGUCACCUCUCUGGUCUCUGCGGUCAUCGGUGCCGUUUGGGCAGUUCGACAUGAUGGAUGGAGGGGGGUGCAACAGUGCAUGGCGCCGGAGAAUGUCUUCUAUCGUUCCAACUUUUUUGCUUCUGUGUUGUUUGCCUGUUCGAGCAUCUCGCUCCUGAAGGCCUUUGAGAAACAGAGUGCUGCUUUCAUCAAGCUAGUGGGCCAGUUGAAGCUACCGCUGGCGGCCUUUCUGGCGCGGUACUUCCUCGGCAAGAGGUACUCCCUGGCCCUCAAAUUGAACAUUUGGACUAUCUCCUGUGCUUGUGGGGCCAUCGUGGUCCUGCGGACCAACUUGAACUUUUGGGGCAUUUUCAAUAAGCUCAAGUAUAUCCUCUUCAUGGUGAUUAGCAACGUGGGGGCCAACCUGGCUGCAGAGAGCAGUCUGAAGCGGCCAAAUGCAUUGCCUUUUCACGUGAUUAUGACAAACAUGAGGAUCGGAGAAAUCAUUUGCACCCUCGUGUUCCUCUUUGGGUACAACCUCCUGCAGCGACUCCAACAUGAGUCCUCCUUCUCCUGGAACAUCUUCAGUGGAUGGGACCAGACGAUCCUACUGGUGGUAGGAAGUCAUGUCCUCGACACCUGGAUCACUGCUUUGAUGGUGAAGCGGUUGUCUUCGGUCCACAAGUAUGUCGUGAAAUGCUUUACUAUGGUGGUCCUCUUCGGCAUCACAUGGUACCGUGGGAAACGAUCCUGGACGUUGGCAGAGGUGCUGGUAGCUGUGAUGAUCGUUUUGCUGACGCUGCAGUUCGCCGCCUUGUCGCACGAGGACAAGAAAAACGCAGCCUGGCGAAGUGAUACCGCGCCGUGA